AUGACUAACGACGAUUCAGCGAACUUGCAAACUCUUCUAAACAGAGCACCCAAGGACGUCUUGAACACUCCGGCAGCGGAUGUUUCCGCGGCCAACGCACCUGCUAACGCCGUGUCGUUCGACGAGUUCAAGAAACUGCUUUCCGCCUACGAAAAGAGGUCGGAAGAGCAGGAUAAACUCGACACUGAGGUGGAUGAAGUCGAGCGUAUCGACUUGGAAACCGUCAAUGACUCCGACGAAGACGCCGACGUCCAUUCAAGAAGAACCCGCAGCCGUUCAGCUCGGGAAAGUUCUCCGUUCAACAAGCCCAUGACGGAAGAAGAGGAAAACCUCUAUUGGGUCGAACAGGAGGAACUUGCCGAAAGGCAAACCAAGAUUACUCGCCGCGAACGCCGAGAAGCUCAGAAAACCGCUGAAGAGGAUCCCGAUAUACGCGAUCUCCGCGAUUACAUCACCAAGACCGUCGCGGAAGUAAAGGCCGUGAAAUCGCAGAUCCACCACGCCACGAGUGCUGCCCCAAAAAUCGAUAGGCUGCUCGAGGUGGCUCGUGCGGCGCUGGAAUGGUUCUCCCGGUUGAAGCGAAACUCCAUCGGAAGCUUUUGCCAACUCGCAUCGGAAUUCCUCCUCAAGUACUCUAUGUUCAACGAUAGAGAAACUUACGAUGUCGAUCUCUGGAGCUUAACCCAGGAAGAGGGUGAGCCCCUCCGAGAAUUCAUGAGCCGUUUCAAACUGAUCAUGGUGAAGGUCAGCGGAAUCAGCGACAAAUUCGCCAUCGACGCGCUUAGGAAGGCGCUCUGGAACUCUUCGAAAGACGUGGAUCCGAAAUCGAAGAAGAAAUCCUCUCGUAACGACAAGUACGUCCAUCACGAGGGGGAAGAACUCCAAAGCGCGCACAACUACGUGAUCAAUCCGGAGCAAGGUAGGACUUCGGGAAAUACGUGGAACCGUAACCAGAGUUACGACAAAAACGUCUACUGCGAGUUCCAUCAGACCAAAGGUCACUCCACGGCUAACUGCAAAGUCGUAGGGGCAAGGCUGGCCGCAAAGCUGCUUGCAGGAGAACUCUCUGGAGUAACCAGCAUCAAGGAUCUAAUCCUCGACUCCGACCGCGGAAAACUCGUCACCGAGAAAUCAGGCGGGAGAAAAACGCGAAAGAAGACUGGACGAUAG